AUCUACCGUCACUCUGCCACGUCUGGGAUCUUCCUUUAUAUAGACGAGAGACUCAACAAAACCACCUCACUCAACGCGGAUCCAGAUUGUUCUCUUUCUCCUCUGUUGCCCCCUCUCUCCUGUUUUUUUUUCACCCCCCUGAUCAGGCUUAACCAUCUUGUGUUUUGUAAAGGCAAUUGUUAGUGCGCAUCAUCGCGGGAGCCAAAAGGAGGUUUGCCACUGUUCCAUAGGAGACUGCGGGCUGCUGGAGCGUCAUGACAGCUGAGAAGAGCGGGCCCGUUAUAAACGGUAAACCAGAGGAUGGCAGAGACCCGGAAGGGUCCAGCUCCAGCCUAGACAAUGGGGAGUACAAUGAGAGGGGCCACUGGAACAACAAGAUUGAGUUUGUCCUGUCUGUAGCCGGAGAGAUCAUCGGGCUGGGCAACGUCUGGAGGUUUCCUUACCUCUGCUACAAGAAUGGAGGAGGUGCAUUCUUCGUUCCGUAUGUCAUCUUCUUCAUUUGCUGUGGCAUCCCUGUGUUUUUCCUGGAGACUGCCCUGGGUCAGUUCACCAGUGAGGGAGGCAUCACCUGCUGGAGGAAAAUCUGCCCGCUGUUUGAGGGUAUUGGCUAUGCAACGCAGGUGAUUGAGGCUCAUCUAAACGUGUACUAUAUAGUGAUCCUAGCCUGGGCAAUCUUCUACCUCUUCAACUGCUUCACCACUGAGCUGCCUUGGGCUGGCUGUGGACAUUACUGGAAUACAGAGAACUGUGUUGACUACUAUGGAGAAAAUUCCACCAACAUCACAAACCCCAACGCAACUUCUCCAGUCAUUGAGUUCUGGGAGCGCAGAGUCCUGCAGAUAUCAGAUGGUAUUGAGCACAUGGGGGGAGUGCGCUGGGAGCUGGCCAUGUGUCUGGCCCUGGCCUGGUUCAUCUGCUACUUCUGCAUCUGGAAAGGACCCAAGUCAACUGGCAAGGUUGUAUAUGUGACAGCUACCUUUCCUUACGUCAUGUUGCUGGUCCUGCUAGUCAGAGGGGUGACGCUGCCAGGAGCAUAUGACGGCAUCAAGUUCUACCUCUACCCAGACAUUUCGCGUCUCUCUGACCCUCAGGUAUGGGUGGAUGCGGGAACCCAAAUCUUCUUCUCUUAUGCCAUCUGCCUGGGCUGUCUCACUGCUCUGGGAAGUUACAAUGCCUACAACAAUAACUGCUACAGGGACUGCAUCAUGCUGUGUUGUCUGAACAGCGGCACCAGCUUUGUCGCAGGCUUUGCCAUCUUCUCCGUGCUCGGCUUCAUGGCCUACGAGCAAAAUGUUCCGAUCGAAGCUGUGGCAGAAUCUGGUCCUGGUCUUGCAUUUAUUGCAUACCCUAAGGCUGUUACUAUGAUGCCUCUGUCUCCACUUUGGGCUUGCCUCUUCUUUAUGAUGCUCAUCUUCCUCGGCCUGGACAGUCAGUUCGUGUGUGUGGAGAGUUUAGUGACAGCUGUGGUGGACAUGUACCCAGAGACCUUCAGGAGAGGCUACCGCAGAGAGCUGCUGAUUCUUGGCAUGUCCAUAGUCUCGUUCUUCAUAGGUCUCAUCAUGUGUACGGAGGGAGGAAUGUACGUCUUCCAGCUAUUCGACUCGUACGCUGCCAGCGGGAUGUGUUUGCUGUUUGUGGCCAUAUUUGAGUCCAUAUGUAUCGGCUGGGUGUACGGUAGUGACAGAUUCUACCUAAAUAUUGAGGACAUGAUUGGCUACAAACCUGUCUUCUUCAUCAAAUGGUGCUGGAUGAUCUUGACCCCGGGCAUCUGUGCUGGAAUUUUCCUCUUCUUCCUUAUCAAAUACAAACCGCUGAAGUACAACAACAUGUACACCUACCCUGACUGGGGCUAUGGUAUCGGCUGGUUCAUGGCCAUGUCCUCGAUGGUCUGCAUCCCUCUGGGGAUUAUCUGGAAGAUCUGGAAGACUCCUGGCACCUUCUCUGAGAGGAUGAAGAAGUUGACGACUCCCAGCCGAGACCUGAAAAUGAGAGGGAAGCACGCCGCUCUCAGUCCUUAUGCCGCCAACGAUGCAAAACUUAAGGUUGAUGGGAAAAUAUCCACCAUCUCAGAGAAGGAGACGCAUUUCUAACUGACCGCCUGACUGACCGACCAAGCUGCCUGCCGUCUUGACAACAAGUCCAACGAAACGAAAACUACAGCAAACAACAACAGCAACAACAACAACAACAGUGUCCACCACUACACAAAACAGGAAACAAAUGACUUGGAGUGUUAUUUUUGUUUUGUAAAAAAAAAAGAGAAAAAAAGGGAAGGUUAUCACAUGAUUAUGUAGUCUGCUUCUGUUUUGCACAAACUUUGAAUAACACAUUUGUGGUUUUCAGUUAAUAUUGUGACUAAAGCAGCUGUUUCUUUCUUUUUCUAACCAUUAAUGUUUUAAAAUCUGUUUGAUGACAUACAGUAUAUGGUUAAAACUUGUCCUGGUACCGUGUCAGUACUGGUCACACUAGUGUUUGUGCCUUUAGAACAAUACCAAUGUCAUGUGCUGUAAAAGGCUUACACUGUACAUUUAUUGGCAAAGUGCUAUGCCUCUCUAUUAGGUACUAGGUACCCAGAUGUAACUAUCUAAGAUGUAGCAGCUUGGGGACCAUUCUACAUAGUUCUCUGUGUUAAGAGAGGAUACAGCAGCAUGUCUUAGUACCGAGGCUAUAGGAGGACACUGUAUUCCCCUGUAAGCAAAACUUUGAGUUGUAUAUAAAGAGUUUUGCCAUUGAAAUCUUGGAUGCUAUCUGAACCAGCUGUGACUGUGAGGGAUGUGGAUUCUUUUUAGGCCUUCAGUGAUUCUCCUUUACUUGAAUUCAGUGCUGUAAAGCAACAUAAGCAAAAACUAACUGGAUGUAACUGAAUGACAUUAAAAGGUCAUUGUUCAUCAUAUAUUGGGACUUUCAGGGCUUUGCAGAUUUCCAUGGCAUUGCUCUUUCUAAUUAUGUCUUUGCUCCGGAGGUUUACAGUAUUAUUGAAGGGCAAACAAAAAAAAAAAGGGGUCCAGGGUUAAAACACUGUAAAAUAGAUCCCCUCAGUUUUGGAUAUCUUUAAUUUUACAUCUGUUAGGUUUGAGCUGAAAAUCUGUACAUGGCUACGAAUAGCAGUGAGCGACUCGCAGGCUGAGUCUAAAAACACACCUCUCUCUCCUCCAGCUGCCCUCCUGUAAGUCGUGGAUAUCUGUCAUUUCACAGUAAUUAUGCUGAGCCUAACACAGAGUGACAGACAGACGUGCUUCCACCCCUGCUUUUUUUAUUUCCUGCUCCGCCUGUAGAGGAGAAGAUGGAUGCCCAUCAGAUGAGCAUUUCAAAACCCAUCUGUCUUCGUACCCCCCCCCCCUCUUUUUAUUCUUUUGCCUUGCCCCCUUCCCUCUUUUCUCCCGCUGUCCUUCCCUCUCAUCUUCAACCUCUGCUUGUCCGCCCCCUUCAACUUUUUCCACUUCUGUUUUUGGCUUCUCUUUAUCACGUGACGGGCUUGAACAAGGCCUUAUAUAAAACUGUGCUGCCGCUGAAUGCUUUGUAUUUCAGCACACAUCUAUACAUUACCAAUAGUCUUGCUAUUGAUUAGUGUUUCUGUGACCUUUUCUUCUCACAUUGUAAAGGAUGAAAAAAAAAAGUACAGCUUUUAAUUUUCCUGUCUGAGUCACUGCAGGGGUGAAAGCAGUCUGUCCCCACCAUCCAUUUAAUUGUGGUUAAGAGACAAUGAGCUGGUCUCAAUGUUCAGAUCGAUCUCAGUCCAUCACAGUCUCAUCCAAUCAGCACUCGAAUGACUCUUAAGUUCUCCUCUCUCCCUUCCUCGCUUUGUCCGACUUUCUCGCUUCCCUUCCUUUCUUUCCUCUGUCCUCGUUUCCCGAUGAAAAUGCAAUCAGAGGAGAGCAUCUGAGGGGAUGAAACUUUGAAUUUAUCUCUUUACAGUUUUCCAGGAGGAGGCAAAGAAAGCAGGGGAAGAAAUAAGGAAUUGAUGAGCUGAGGAAGUGCCUGAUCGAGUAAGUAAUGAGGGAAAUCGAGGAAGUGUUUAGUGACCGAAGGCCCCUCCUGUCUAAGCUGUGACAUCCUCUUAAACAUAUGAUUGGUCCCUCUGGUGUGGUUGCAUUAUGACAUUAUCACCUCCUCACUGAUGUUUGUGCAAGUUAAUAGUUGUGUGCACUGGAUAUUAUAGCCUGCUGUUUAACACUGAUCAUGUUGAUGUAUAUUUUUACAUCUCUUUCUAGAAAUCUGUGGUCUAUUUCUUGAGAUGAAAAAUGUUUAAAAAGAAGUGCUGUAAUAAAAAGAAUACAUCCUUUGUUUUGACUUUUGAUAUUCCGCUCAAAAGAUCUUGUUAUAGAAAUAUAAUGAAAGGUGUUUUACUGUUCUGUACUGUUCUACACAGAUUUUGGUAUUCACAGGACAUGUGAACUGUCUGCUUACUCAUUUUUAAGAAUAAAUAUUAUAAAGGAAAACUGA